CGAUAUAACCCAAUCCGACACCCAAAUCUCAUAGUCCCUUCUCCGCCAAAACCCUAAUUUCUCAUCACCUGGAACUUUGAUUACAAUGGCGAAGUCAAUGAGAUGCAAGAGGGUGAAGAGAUUGAGAGCUAUUAGAAGAGAAAUAGUAGAGAAAGAAGCAUUCACUCUAACGAGAGACGACGCCAAAUCCGCCGCCAUCGAAGCCGCACUCGCCGCCCCCAAAUUACCUGUUCGUCAGCCACCUCCUUCUCCGUUCAUGGAAGUUGCGGCGCCGACUCCUGAGUCUAUCUCUGCCUCCGGCACUAUCGUCAACGAUAUGGAUAUGGAAAUGGAUGGUGAAAAGCAUAGCAAGUCUCUUAAACCCAUCGGGAGGAAGUUGAAGAAGAGGUUUAAGAUGGGCAUGAAGAAUCGUCGCAGCAAGGGUUUCCUUCGAGGCAAGCGAGUCUAAGUUCCCAAGUUGCUUUUUUUUUACUUCUAGUUGCUCUAAAUUUUGGUCAAUAUCUCAUAACUAUGUUCCCUAAAUAUUUCUUAAUCGUCUUUGAAAAUGUCUUGUUUUGUACUUUUAUUUUUAGCUACUUUAUUAUAGACCUAAAAAGACAUGAUUUCGAUUUGAAACUAAGGAUGUCUGAUUAUGCC